CUUAAUUUAACAAACGACAUUAUAUUAUCGGUUGAUAUUCACAGCGCCCUCAACGUCCAAGGUUGUUAUGUUACAUAUUCUCUACCAAAAUGGCGUUUUACGCUCGGCCGGUUGGCAGCUUUAUGCUGAGGAUGGGGCGGUUUGGGCUACUGCCAGCCAGGCAACUACCCACCACCUCACAGUCUGUGCGCUCCCUGUACGACCAGAAGCCAUCUAGCCUUCCAGUGCAGACAAGUAACGCCACAAACAGCUUGAGCCUGGUGCCCUACAGACAAAAGAGUUCGUCACCGGUCCCUGUCCCUAAGGACAGUAAAGCAGAGGUGGUGGUCGCCAAGAUGGACGAUCUCAUCAAUUGGGCCAGAAGGAGUUCCCUGUGGCCCAUGCUGUUUGGCCUAGCCUGCUGUGCGGUGGAGAUGAUGCAUAUGGCAGCACCGCGCUACGACAUGGACCGUUUUGGCGUGGUGUUCCGCGCCAGUCCCCGACAGGCGGACGUAAUGAUCGUUGCCGGCACUCUGACGAACAAGAUGGCACCAGCGCUUAGGAAAGUGUACGAUCAGAUGCCUGAACCAAGAUGGGUCAUUUCUAUGGGAAGCUGUGCCAAUGGCGGGGGUUACUACCAUUACUCUUACGCUGUCGUCCGAGGCUGCGAUAGGAUUGUUCCUGUUGAUAUCUAUGUACCAGGAUGCCCACCUACUGCCGAGGCCCUGCUCUACGGCGUUCUCCAGCUACAGAAGAAAAUCAAACGAGCUCAGAACAUCACCAUGUGGUAUCGCAAAUAGAUUGGUAUCCUGUACCGGACCUAACAAUCCUUGGCUUUGGUCACAGAAGGAAGUAGCAAGACGCCAUCUCAUAAAAUCUGCUAAGCGAGCCAAUUUCAAGGAGCUUGCCUCAGCAGAAAUAUUGCUAAGCACAUUUAUGUGCUAAGCAGAAAUCUGCCGGGAACCAGUGACAGGCAGUAUGAAUCCCAUGAUGAUUUGGCUGGUAACCUGUUUUUGCUAAGCGAAUAUUUUCUGUGCUUAACAAAUUUCUGUGCUGGGCUAGUCCAUUCACAGUUCACUGAGCUAUGAAAUUGACCGAUAGAAUCACGUCAGUGAGCUUGUGAAAUAUUGUCCAGUUACAUGUAUGCGCAAAAUCUGAGGCAAACAAAACUCAACGUACAAAAGUUCCAUAGGGUUGUCCACGGGGCAUGGCUAACUCGCAAACGGCGAUGGGUCAAUUGGGCCCAGGAGAGUCCUAUUUAGAUAAAGCGGGGCACCAACCAAAUUAUAGUGUUUAGUGUAUUGCGUGUGACUGGUUCUCAGCAAUUUUACACUUGGAAAGUUCAUCUUUCGUGUUACUAUAGGUGUUUUCGAAACUUUUGCUUCGUCCUGGUCUUAAGUUGUCUCCGAAUUCUGAAUCGCUGAGAGGCAAAUUUACCAAGUGAAAAUAUUCCAACUUUUGGCUUCAUAUCAACCGAUUGAAUGUUUCUGAAGCAUAACAGGCACCAAAAUGAAGCUGGAGUUCCCGGAGUUGGGGCCUCAUAUCUCCUUAAGCCAAAGACGAAGACAGGGUUUCGAAACGGCCCUCAGUUGAUAAUAAAAUUGACCCAAGCAUAUUCCUGUUUCCCAGAAAUUGAUGAGCUACAUUGGGACUGUGGGUAGGGCACUUAUAAUUUUUUUUUUUUUUUUUUAGUCAUUAUACUUAAAGAUUUGUUAGGUCUCGGUUUCAGAUACAUGUGUGUGUGCAAAGCAGAUGAUUGUUUUGCAUUGUAAAUAGAUUAAGAUAUACUUCGUAUAAAAUAAGAUCUUUUGGACGUGCUAUUCAUAUUGCAUUUGACUUUCUGUAACAUUAGUUAGGAAUUCCAAAUUUUUAAGGUUUGCCUUUGCCAUUGUAUGCAUUUGAUUAAAAAAAACCCCAGAAAACAUGUCUGCAUGCUCAAAUCUCCCGUGUUGACAUUUCAGUGCAGUAAAAAUGUGUGUAAUUUAAUUUAUUAAAGCUACAGAUAUCCCUUUGGUUAUUAAUUUGAACCAAAGCAAGAUUUGCUGUGAAUUUAGUUCAAUGCCCGAAAUUCUAAUUUCCUUGGCGAGUAACCUUUAUUUUCAUUUUCAAGAGUGAUCUUGUUUUGUUUUGCAAAGGUCUAUCCAUUCAUCAACACUUCCUGUAUAAUAAAAGAAUUGUGUAAUUGCAUGGUACGAUUUGUAAGG